UACAUAUGCCCCCGCAACGCAUGCGCAUUCGCUUACUGUGGUUCGACCUCUGCAGUCGAGAGACCCGGGUUUAUACCAGACUUGACCAAACCGGUUACAAAACUACUUGAAGAAGAAAAUGUACGCCUGUGCGAAGUUUGUUUCCUCCCCGGCUCUGGUCCGUGCUGGUUCCCGGGCUCUUUACAGACCCCUGUCUGCCUCUGUGCUGUCCAGGCCUGAGGUCAACACAGAGAAUGCCGUUGCUCUGAUGCCACAAAGCCCCCUCACUCAGGUCACACUGAGGGGCUUUCAGACAAGCGCUGUCAGCCGGGACAUCGACACCGCUGCUAAGUUUAUUGGUGCCGGAGCUGCCACAGUCGGUGUAGCUGGAUCUGGCGCGGGAAUCGGGACUGUGUUUGGCAGUCUGAUCAUCGGCUAUGCUAGGAACCCAUCCCUGAAGCAGCAGCUGUUCUCCUAUGCCAUCCUGGGAUUUGCCCUGUCUGAAGCCAUGGGACUGUUCUGUUUGAUGGUCGCUUUCCUUAUCCUGUUUGCCAUGUAAAACUCUGCUGUUCAACUUUCAUUACAGAUGUGACUACACUUUAUUCUGGCAUCCUAAAUUGUUCCGUGUUAGUGUCAUGGAAAUGUACAUUUUCAAGGCUCUUGGGCACUGUCAAAAUGAGCAAAGACAUGUAUUGUACAAAUGUAAGAAAUUACUUGAUUAAAAUACAUGUAUUUGACUAUUUAACAGUUGCGCUAGAAUUAAUGUCUGCAACGCUGCUGACCAAAAGCAUCUUUUUGGAAUGACUUCUGUGAUUUAGUACAAAAGACUUGCUUCCUUAAAGCAUCACAUGGAAGCUUUUUUGGGUCCACCACCUACUUGACGCAUUAGUGUAACUUCAAUAUUUCUGGUUUUAGGCACAGGGGAGUGUUUGCUUUUGUAAAUGGCAUUGAAUAAAUUAGAAAGUUUUUAAAAUGAC